AUGUCACACACCAUUAUUGCCGUCCAUUGCAGCCGUUACUGCUCAGCUCGUCUGCGCCGGCUGUUCCGGUCGCUGCGCUUCCUGCACGGCAAGGGCAAGUACCAGCGCAAGUCGCUCGAACCCAACACCGUCACUGAUGUCAGGCAUCUGCACAUCCCGCUAUUCUCAGCGGAGCGCGCGUGGGCGUACGCGAUGGAGCUGAAGCAGGCCAUCAGCGAGGCGGGCUCCGCCGCCGCCGCGCAGGCCGCCUUUGCGCGCAAGCGCGCGCACCUGCUGCGCCGCCUGGCGCGCGCGGCCAGAUGGGCGGACGGGUUCUCGCGGCUGUGCGCCGCUAGGGCCGACUCUAAGACCGCGCUGGAGGCGGAGGUGGGGCGGGGAGCAGGGGAAAGAGAGGAGGGGAGGGUGCGCGGGUGGGGGGUGAAGAGGAGGGGAGGGCGCGCAGGUGUGGGGGGGAAGGGGGGUUGUCCGAAUGUGCGGGUGCGUGGGGGUUGGAUAGAACGUGCUCCUUGA